AUGCACGAUCCGCAAGACCUUGACUUUGUCGGGUCGAUCCGAGCCUUGAUCGCUCUCGGGAGAAUACCGCUCGCGUGCGAAGUGCCCCUCUCCACCCUCCUCGGCUGUGUGCUCGCCUCGCAGAUCUUCUCCUCCUCGACAUCUUCGAGCAACAGCAUCUUCAGCGGCUUGAACGGAUGGGCGACUCUACAGUGCAUAUUGGUAACGUGGGGGACCAACAUCGCUAUCAACUACGGGAACGAGUGGUCCGACUAUGCCCUCGAUACGCCAGGUCAACAGGAGAGUAUCAGGCGGGACGUCAACUUGCGCGAGGCGCUCGCUAAGAAGGCCAAAGGAGAGGCGGGAGGAGAGACGGGAGGGGAGGAUCUCGAGGAAGCUGCGAAACAGGCAAAUUCGAAGCUUUAUGGAAAUACCACGAGGAUCAUUCAUGAUGGGACGUUCCCACCGUGGACGGCGCUCGCUUGCUGUGCGGUCUGGCAGGCUGCGCUCGUAGCUCUCAUCAUCUUCUCGCGUGCAGCGGACCCCGCCCUCUCUGGCGCAUCGUUGGGAAAUGGAGCAAGAACACCCUUCCGCGGUUUGGCGCUCCACCUCGGCAUCAUAUGCACGAUCCUCUCGCACUCGUACGUCGGGCCUCCGCUGCGCCUGCACUACAACGGCUUCGGCGAACUCGUCUCUGCGCUGUUCCUCUCGCCCGUCGCUGUCCUUUUCGGCCUUGUCGGCCACUACACAGCCUCAACAGGCCGCCCAGUCGCGUGGUCCGACCUCUUCACGUCGAACUUGCCCACUCCCUCAGGCUUCACGCUGGACAAGUCGCUCUGGCUCCUCUUUGGCGCGUUGUACUUCUACGAACAAGCGAGGAUCUUCGUCAUGCACAUACACGACAUUGGCACCGACAUCGCCGGUGGGAAACGGACGUUCGUCUCGCGCAUAGGGCACCGGCGGGCCAAGGACCUCUAUGCGGUGUUCAACGUGCUGUCUGUCACGUUAUUUGGGCUGCUAGCGCGCACGCUUUCAGGCGAGAGCUACGGCGAUCGCAAAAGUUUGAUAGGGCGGGCAGGCGGGAAGAUGCUCCGGCUCCGAGCGCGUUCGAGUGCCGGACAAGUAUGGAUAGGCGGCCUGGUCGUGCUGCUGAGCUGCGCUCUGCCUGUGAUUUUCGCGACGUAUCGCGUGCUCGUAGCAGAGAUCCCACAGGCCACUGCUCCUUCGGCGGACGUGCCGGACGCUCUGCCCGAUGCGAGCCUCAAGCACGGCUUGACGGAUACUGCCGAGCCGGCCCUGCGAAGCUUCCAUGGCCGCCCAGUCCCGGACGGUGGGAAGGUCUAUGAGCCAAGUCGGAAAGCAGGAGGAAUAUCCAUGGGAGACUGUAUCAAGUUGGUCUCGCUGCAGACGAUGGCGACGCCGGCGGUAUUGACCAUAACGGCGUUGUUGGCGGCGUACGUCGGGCAGCGGGCGGAGAAGAUGGACGCGUAUCUGCACUAG